AAAACGCGGUUUUGGCUACGAAAUCGGCCGCAUUUCAUCGCCGUUAGUUGACACGUGAGCGGCUUCUAUUAUUUAUUUAAAAAAAUAAUAAUAAAUUCGACAAAUAUUAAAUAAUAAAAUUAAAAAAAAAAUUUAAUGCCACUUUUUUCAAUUACAAAUCUUCAUUAAAAAAAAACAUAUUUUUAAAAUUAAAAAAAAUAAAAUAAAAAUACCAGUGUUUAAAAUUUUUUUGUUCAAAUCUAUUUGACAAUUUUAUUUAAAUGUUAAAUUUGGUUUUUAAUGUGAACAAAAUGAAAGAAGAAUGAACAUGUUUGAGGAACCGUAAUUCAAUGAAUAGUGGACGGGUAAUUUGCAUUUGAAUGGAAAGAAUCCAGAAAGUUUCGUGAGCCACACGAAAAAAGAGUUACUAUCAAAAACUCUAUAUACGAAGAAUUCAACUUUUAUUUUGAGUUGGCACUUCUUUAAAAAAAAAAAAAAAAAAAAAAAAUGAUGGAAAAAGAUAUGAAAUAAAGUUGCAGAAAGUUUAUAAAAGACGAGUUUAAAUAUAAAGUGUUUAAAAGAAAGGAAAACGUGCGGAAAUUGCAAGUGAAGAUAUAGUGGUGAAAUUUCCGCAGAACAAUACACAUAUAUAAAAUUUUAUGUAUGAGUGCGAGUGUAUAUAUAUAUAUAUAAAAGUGAGGGAAAAAAAAAUAAAGAAAAGAAGAGCUCGUUAAGAGCAGCCGAGGAAAAUGUUUUAUUUGUCAUAUUCGGAAAAACUUAGCACUUUGAAGAAACUAAUACUUGGAAAGAAAAGUACACAAAAUUGUAGUAAAAAUAAUUAAGAAAUAAAAACUUGUAAAUUCAAUGUAGAAACUUCAGAUAAAGUUUAUAACUGACUUUUACCCCUUUUCUUUCUUAAAUUCCCAAAAAUUUCUUUUAAUUUAAUUUUUAAUUAUAAAAAAAUUUUUAUAAAAAAAAAUCACACAAAAAUUUCAUAUAAAGAACUCUCAUCAAAAAGUGGAUUUUCUUAAGAAAAAAUUGAUUUAUGUAUAUUUCAAGUGCAAUAACAAGAUUGCCAUUCCAUUAAAUAGAAAAAAAAAGUGCAACGUAAUAAAUUGGAAAGUUUCACUUGAUGAAUCGAUAAAAAAUUGAACAUUUCCCCAAAUGCACUGGGCCAUAAAAUGUUGUACAUUUUGAAAUAGUGUUUUGCGGUAUAAAAACAUUUUAUUGAAUCGACAAAAACGUUUAAUCUUUAUGGAACGAAAUCCUGCAUCGUUAUUCAAAAUAAUUUACAUUGAUCUCUGGUUUCAUUAUGAAUGAUUCGUGGUCACCAGAAGAAGGAGGUCCUGAUAUAUGGUGGCCACCUGUAUAUAACACUACUCACUGGUUAACCGAUAAUGAUUCUUAUAUUGAUGAUCAAGAUAUCCUUUACGAUGUUCCCGCUGGAAUAAUUGCACUUCUUAGUAUAUGUUACGGGACCAUUUCCGUCUUAGCUGUUGUCGGCAAUGCUCUUGUUAUGUGGAUCAUUGCUACUUCAAAGCGAAUGCAAAGUGUCACAAACUGCUUCAUUGCCAAUCUAGCAUUUGCUGACAUUGUCAUAGGAUUGUUUGCAAUUCCCUUUCAAUUUCAAGCAGCUUUACUACAACGAUGGAUUUUACCUCAUUUCAUGUGUGCGUUUUGCCCUUUCGUACAGGCUUUGUGUGUAAAUGUAUCAGUAUUCACCCUUACAGCGAUUGCUGUUGACCGACAUCGAGCCAUACUUAAACCUUUAAGUGCAAGACCAAGCAAACUGAAAGCUAAACUAAUCAUCGCAGGUAUUUGGCUGAUUAGUGGAGCUUUAGCAGUGCCAAUGGCAGUAGCUUUGAGGGUGAUUAUGAUUCCGGAAGGUCCUCACGCACCACAUCUAUUAAAGCCCUUUUGUCAUAAUGAAAAUAUGUCUGAAAGCUCGAUGCUGACAUACAGAGCUGUUUUAGGCUUUCUACAAUAUCUCACGCCCCUAACAAUCAUAUCGUGCGUUUACGCCAGAAUGGCUUUAAGAUUAUGGGGCAGCAGAGCUCCUGGUAACGCACAAGAUUCAAGAGAUGCCAAUUUAAUGAAGAAUAAGAAAAAGGUGAUCAAAAUGCUUGUAAUUGUCGUAGCAAUAUUUGCAAUUUGCUGGCUACCACUUCAAACGUAUAACGUACUUCAGUAUACGUAUCCAGAAAUAAAUGAAUAUCGAUAUAUCAACAUAAUAUGGUUCUGUUGCGAUUGGUUGGCAAUGUCCAAUAGCUGUUACAACCCAUUUAUCUAUGGGAUUUACAAUGAAAAAUUUAAAAGAGAAUUUCAACAAAGACGUCCGUGUAGAUCUCGAAAGUGGUCAUCGAGUCCACCAACAGACAGUUUAGAUAUGGAUAAGACGCAAAGUACUAGAGCGUCCAUUAGGUACAUUCUCAGAUAUGACUGGAGAAGACCAACAUCUAGCGGUUGUCCAGCAACAUCUUCUUUUUAUAGAAGUGCAUCAAUGAGAGAAACAUCAAGACUAAUGGUAAACGGAAAUGAAAUACCGACACGUUCUAUAAAUUCAAGUGGAUAUUCAACUCGCAAUGGACACGAUAACCAGUCAACAAUUCCCAAGACAACAGAUAGAACAACGGAGUUAUAUGUUUUCUCAUCCGGAAGACACAAACAUAGUCGAGAUCUUGCUAAUCAAGAACUUUGUUUAUAAUUUAAAUAAACACAUUACGGAUAUAACUGGAUGUCAUUUCUUCGAUAAAUGACACAGUCUAAUAGGAAAUAAAAUUAGAAAACUUUUUAUCAAAUUAUUUAAAACAUUUGAUAAAAGAAUUCUAAAAAAAAGAAAUAAUCAGUAAUUAUAAAAUUUUAGUUUUCAUAAACUAAUAAGAUUAUAGAAAAACAAAACAUUUUUAAAUAAGCCAAAGAUUAGAUAAAAUUUAAAAAUCAUUUUCCAAAAUUUUAAAUUUUUUUGUUUUUUAGCGGAAACGAAAUUUUUGAUUAAAAACAAUUUUUUCUAUUUAUUUUGGAAUGUUUUAAAACGCAGCAAAAAUAAUUAAGACUAAAAAAAACUACACUAAAUUUAUUUAAUUUAAACAUUAAUUUAAUUACGCAAUCAUUAUGUACAUAGCCUCAUAUAAAAACAUAAUUCAUAUAUAAACUUUUUAAUGUUUAGAGAUUGUUGAAUUUUUAAAGAAAAUAUUUAUUGAUAAAAAAAGCAAUAUAUUAAUUUCAAUUUUUAAGUUAUAUAAUAACUAAAAAAAAAAAAUCGUGUCAAUGUUUUUACUUUUUAAAAUAACUGCAAUCUAAGUAGAGUGUAUAUAGUUAGUAAUAAAUUUUCUUCCCAUCGGAAUUAAAUUACAAGGAUUAAAAUGAAAAUGUAUUUGUAAACAUAUUUAAAGGGUAAAUAUUACAAAAUGUUUACAAUGUCAACCCAACAAUAUUCAAGAAAUUAAAUAUGAUUUUAAUAACAAAAAAAUAAUUUCUUCAAUAAUUUUUCGUCGUUCUAUAUUGAUUUUCAAUAUUUUAUUUUAUUUCAUUAUUUCAAAUGUAAAUUUAUCAUUUAUAAAAAGAAUUUAUGUUAAAACUUUGCAAACAAUGAAAGGGGUUCAUAAAAAUAGAAGAACUAUAUUUUCAUUUCUAAAGUUUAUAUUCUGUCUGAAGAAAUGUUUUCUCGUAAAGUAUGAAAAAUUUGAAUAAUUGUAAAAAAAAAAAAAAAAAAAAAAUUCACGGGUUCUUGAAAUACAUAAUAUACUAGAUCUCAUGAACUCUUAAAACAUUCAUGAAUUUUUUACAAGUUCUUUUCUUUUUCAUUUUAAAAGAAAGGCAUAAUUUUUUUUGUGCAAUAGACAUUUGCUCAAUUAUAAGACAUGAUUAAAUUUAAAACUUAUGCCACAAUCUUUAUAUAUGUACCAAUAAAACAAUGAAGAGACUGAAAGUUACAAAUAAUUUCUAUAAAUGUAUUAUUUAACAUUAUUAAUUUAAGUUUCUGAAUUUAUUUUUUCAAGAUAAAAAAAAAAUCUGAAUUUAUAUAUAAAAUUCGAAAUAAUUUUUAUUUUGCAAAAAAUUCUACUGACAUCACUAAUAUGUCAAAAAAAAAAAAAAAAAUUCAUAAUAAAAGUGAUAAUUUUUAUAAUGAUGUAACUUUUAGAAUAGGUAUAGUACUUAAAAAAGUAUUUAAUUUUUCAGUCAACAUUUUAUAUGCAAUAAGUUAAAAUUAAAUUAGUGUCAAUGGUUGUGAUUUAAUAUUUAUUUUUAAAAUUAAUUGUAAUUUUGUAAUAUCAGUUAAUAAACAUUUAAAUUAAAUGAUGGAUUUACUUAAAAGUCAUAUAGAAAUUAAAAGAACACCGAUGUAAAUUGUGUCAAUACGAUUUUUUUAAAGAUUUUUAGUUAAUUUUUUUUCUAUUUUGUGUUCAAAAACAAAAAAAUUAAAUAAAAAUUGUAUUAAUUUUUUUUAACACAAAAUCUUUCUUGUAAUUUAUAUUAUACAGAAAGAUUUUUUGUCAAAAAAAAAAAAAAAAAUUGGAAACAUUUAAUUAAUUUAGUUGUUUUAAUCUAGUUGAUAUUAAAAAGUGGGGAAA